GCGCAACAGGUCUCUAUCAGUCAAACUCAGAAGAGCGCAAGGUUUUAUGUCCCUAUAGUCUAUUCGUCUCUGCAAGGUUAAGGAUUUAAAAACAAAACAAAACGCACCUUAAAGAGGACAACUGUGUCGUAUUAUCGUGAUGAGGAGUUAAAGUACUUCUGACUUUUGGUUUCAUGCCGGGACGGUCCAGCGUAACGGACUAUGGCAAAGACAUCUUAUGUGCUUUCUCUCGUCGACAUCCUCUUUACCAUUAACUUGGUUAUAGGGAUAGAGCUCAGGUUUGUGCCUGAUCCUCCAACCUUAAACACCACUGAGAAGACUCUCAAAAUCAAUGCUUCAGAUACACUGGAGAUCACGUGCAGCGGGCGUCAGAUCUUGGAAUGGUCUACGCCUCACAACCGAACCCGUUCUGAAACCCGGCUCAUCAAAACAGACUGUAGUGGCAAUGGAUUGUUCUGUAGCACUUUAACGCUCUCCAAAGCAGUAGCCAAUGAGACUGGAGAGUAUCGCUGCUUCUAUAAAAACCUGCCUAUAGAGGAUGGAAAGACUUCUAUUUCUUUGUAUGUCUUCAUACAAGAUUGCCAUACACCAUUUGUACGAAUGGCUCAAGAUUAUGAUGUGGUGUUCAUUCGGGAGGGAGAACAGGUGGUCAUUCCCUGUCUGGUAUCUGUGGAGAACCUAAACGUCACACUCUACACAAAGUAUCCAGUAAAAGAACUGGCCACUGAUGGGAAAGACGUCAUCUGGGAUAGCAAGAGGGGCUUCAUCCUGCCUAGUCAUGUGGUCAGCUAUGCUGGGGUGGUCUACUGCCAAACCACUAUUCGAAAUGAGACCUAUCAGUCCUCACCUUACAUUGUGGCUGUCGUAGGAUACAAGAUCCAUGACCUCACCCUGAGUCCAGCUCAUGAGAGGCUAACGGUAGGGGAGAGGCUAAUGCUAAACUGCACCGCUCACACCGAACUCAAUGUGGGAAUUGACUUUCAGUGGACCUUUCCUCAUGAGAAGAGAGGCAUCAACAGCUCAAUACCAAGGUCACGCUAUGAGUCCAAAUCAUACAAGAAGAAGCUGUGGAACUCCUUAGAACUGUCCAAUACUCUCGUUGUAGAGAAUGUGACCGUAAAUGACACAGGAGAGUACAUCUGCACAGCCUCUAGUGGUCAGAUGCAGAAGAUUGCCCGAGCAGCACUCAUCGUCUAUAGUGUGAUUCUGAAACAGUCAAAUCGUGUCUUAACCGUCCAACGGGUGAAAAAAGAGGACAGUGGUCUUUACAUGUGUAUGGCCUGUAACCAGCAGGGCUGUGACUCUCAUGAGGCUCGUAUUACUGUAGAAGGUGCAGAAGAAAAGAUGAAUGUGGAAUUGAUCAUGCCUAUCGGUGCCGUGGUCAUCGCCAUGUUCCUCUGGCUCCUCAUCGUCUUCGUUAUCCGUAACAGGAAGCGGCCUAAUGAUGGAGAUCUGAAAACUGGCUACCUGUCAAUCAUUCUGGACUCAGAUGAUAUGCCAAUGGAUGAGCACUGUGAAAGACUGACCUAUGAUGCAAACAAGUGGGAAUUCCCACGUGAUAGACUGAAGCUAGGUGUGAUUCUGAAACAGUCAAAUCGUGUCUUAACCGUCCAACGGGUGAAAAAAGAGGACAGUGGUCUUUACAUGUGUAUGGCCUGUAACCAGCAGGGCUGUGACUCUCAUGAGGCUCGUAUUACUGUAGAAGGUGCAGAAGAAAAGAUGAAUGUGGAAUUGAUCAUGCCUAUCGGUGCCGUGGUCAUCGCCAUGUUCCUCUGGCUCCUCAUCGUCUUCGUUAUCCGUAACAGGAAGCGGCCUAAUGAUGGAGAUCUGAAAACUGGCUACCUGUCAAUCAUUCUGGACUCAGAUGAUAUGCCAAUGGAUGAGCACUGUGAAAGACUGACCUAUGAUGCAAACAAGUGGGAAUUCCCACGUGAUAGACUGAAGCUAGGAGAGCCGCUGGGCAGAGGGGCAUUUGGCCAAGUUGUGGAGGCGACCGCAUAUGGUAUUGAGAAGGCCACCACCUGUACUACAGUAGCAGUGAAGAUGCUCAAGGAGGGCGCUACCACCAGUGAGUAUCGUGCUCUGAUGUCUGAGCUGAAGAUCCUCAUCCAUAUCGGUCACCAUCUCAAUGUGGUUAACCUUCUAGGUGCUUGCACCAAACCAGGAGGACCCUUGAUGGUGAUUGUUGAGUACUGUAAACACGGUAAUCUCUCAAGCUAUUUAAAAAGCAAGCGAGGAGAGUACAGUCCCUUCAAGAAGCGAAUGUCACUGAUGCCGUGCGGGAGGGAGGUACAGCAGGAAGAGGAUUUGCAUGAGGGGGAUCAGGGUCUGGGAAUCAGCACUCGGCUGGACAUCUGCACCGGCACCGCUGUGUGCACCAGGAUGGGAGAACAGACCUCCACGACCCAGCUGCAGGAUGAACAAGGUACAUGUAUCCAUCGGGACUUGGCAGCCAGAAACAUCCUACUUUCUGAAAACAACGUGGUGAAGAUAUGUGACUUUGGGCUGGCCAGAGAUGUUUAUAAAGACCCUGAUUACGUCCGCAAAGGAGAUGCUCGUCUUCCUCUGAAGUGGAUGGCUCCUGAGACCAUCUUUGACCGCGUGUACACCACACAGAGUGAUGUUUGGUCAUUUGGUGUGCUGCUCUGGGAGAUCUUCUCACUUGGUGCAUCUCCAUACCCAGGUGUGUGCAUUGAUGAGUCUUUCUGCAGGCGACUAAAGGUGGGAACCAGAAUGAGAGCUCCAGACUAUGCCACACCUGAGAUAUACCAGACCAUGCUGGAUUGCUGGCUUGAUCGACCUAAAGACAGGCCGACCUUUACGCAGUUAGUUGAACAUCUGGGCAAUCUGCUACAAGCUAGCGCUCAACAGGAUGGAAAGGACUACAUCCCAUUGACAAACGGAGAGAUGGAAGAGGAAUCAGGGGCUCCUCACAUCAGUGUGACAUCUAAAAAAGCAUUCUAUGCAGGCAACAAAGAGGACCAGCUCCACUAUGACAAUGCUCCACCUCUGGGGUUCCCACAGCAGAUAGACAGUUGUGGUGUGCCAAUAAAUAUUACGACUUUUGUGGACAUUCCCCUGGAGCACACUGCUGUGAUGAAAUGA